UGGUAGGGUAGACAGUGAGAUUAGUAGCCACCGCGCAACGAGCCAAGGCGCACGCGCCAUAAGUUUUUCACAACCUUUUUAUCUACUAUAGAGGUUGUAUAGAAACUUAAAAUCCGUCGAGUUCGAAAUUCGAAGCGUACAGAUUUUAUAUAUUUUCCCGCCAACAUUUUGGGGAUUCGAGCCCCGUAGUGUUGCAAGUUAAAAAAUUGUGUUUUUCUCAUUUUGAAGAAUCUGCAAUCGAACAAUCCGCCAUGUUUCACGGAGGUUUAUGGGCUAAGCUGCAGAGGUUCUACAAAUGGUACGUCCUCGGCUUGGUGUCGGUCGGCUACAUCCUUGGAGAGCUCGGGCAUUACCUUAUUGGUACAACAUCAAAAGUGACUGCUGAAGAUCUCCACUACGGAGACAAGUCGUGCAUGCUGAACGCGACGCAUUUGCAUCUCAGUCAACUGCCGGUCAUCUGCGAGAAAGUCAACAGCACUGAGUUAUGCGAGUCGCUCACGCUGAACGGGACGCGGUACUGCGAAUGGGGCUACAACGGGCUGGGUAUCGACUACCAGGUCCUGGCUGGGCCUGCCUUCAUGGCCGUCUUCACUGUCGUCGGCGUGGUCCUUGGAGUUGUCGCUGAUAAGUAUAACAGAGCCAGGAUCCUCUCCGUAUGCACAUUAGUCUUCGUCGUAGCCAUUCUCCUGAUGGGUACAGUUACUGAAUACUGGCAUCUGGUCAUUCUCCGGAUGAUCAUGGCUGCUGGAGAGUCUGGAUGCAACCCUCUAGCCACAGGAAUCCUCACCGAUCUCUUCCCCGAGCACCAGAGGGCGCUAGUCCUGUCUAUCUUCAACUGGGGAAUUUACGGAGGAUACGGUAUCGCCUUUCCCGUUGGAAGGUAUAUACCAGACGUUAAUGCUUGGGGAUUGAGUUGGAGAGUGUGCUACUACGGAGCUGGUAUCAUCGGUCUGGUCAUCGCAUUGCUAACGUUCCUUACUCUAAAGGAGCCUGAGAGGACCACGAUUGGAGAGGAAGGUGUAGGUCCAGCUAAAACAGAUGCUUCAAUAGAGGCAGGCAAGAAGAUGCCCCAAGUGACAAUCUGGCACGUGAUUGCACAACCGAGAAUAAUCUUGCUGUGUGUCGCCGCUUCCAUCAGGCACUGUGGCGGUAUGUGCUUUGCGUACAACGCGGACUUAUACUACCGCGACUACUUCCCCGAUGUGGAUCUAGGCUGGUGGCUGUUCGCGGUCACAGUCGGCAUCGGCUCCGUGGGCGUUGUGGUCGGCGGCGUCGUCUCCGAUAAAUUCGUGGCCAAAAUGGGCGUGAGGUCCCGUGUGUUAGUCCUGGCACUGUCUCAGCUGAUCGCGACGCUUCCCGCUUUUGGCUCCGUCGUGUUCGGACCACUGUGGGCCAUGAUCACGCUCGCCUUCUCCUAUUUCUUCGCUGAAAUGUGGUUCGGCAUCGUGUUCGCGAUCCUGGUGGAGAUAGUGCCGCUAUCCGUCCGUUCGACGACCGUCGGCGUGUUCUUAUUCGUGAUGAACAACGUGGGCGGCAACUUGCCCAUUCUGGUGGACCCUGUGUCCAAAGCCAUUGGCUACAGGGAGGCCAUCAUGAUCUUCUACGCUGGAUUUUAUGGCAUUAGUAGCAUCAUUUUCUUCCUCACAAUGUUCCUUAUGGACGGUCCAGUGGAGAAGAAAGAAGAAGAAACACCAAAACCUAUCGGCCUAGACAACAGAGCAUUCACACACGACGAACUACCGAACAGAAGUAACAAAACUUCAACUAUUAGAAUUUAAGAUGCAAUCUACAUACAGGUUGGAUCUGUGACGACUGACGUAAUUUCCAUGACAGACGUGUUCAUCGACAUUCUAAACUCAAAAGCACUAAGCCGGAUAUCUCGGCUUUCAAGGGACUACGCCCAUAGAGAAUUUACUAGUUUGGAUCCAACGACCAUAGAGAAAAUUCUAGUUUGGGACAAGUCCUAACGCCCAUAGAGAAUAUUCUAGUUUGGGACCAAAUCUGGCGCCCAUAGAGAACAUUCUAGUUUGGGACCAACGUGUUUUUUGGGUUUUAUUUGUUAAUAACACUGUCAAUAGAGUGAAAGACAAAGAUUUGAUUGUAACGGAUUAUGUCCGUUUGUUAAUUACCUGACGAUGUGAUAAUUAUUAUAAGCUUGUAAAAAUACAGUUCCACAAACGAAGCCGUGAGAGCUAGUGCUCUAAAAUUUUCAUUAAAAAAUUACUUAGGAUGCGUUAUUGUAUGUGUUCUUAUUAAAAUGCGUAUGUUCAUUAUUUGUAAAGGUAUUAUGUAAAGGAUAUUAAGAUAGAGGUUUUUUAGAUAAUCAUGGCCAUUAUUUUAGAGAAUUAUAUUCUCAGUGCUGCAAAAACUCAAAAGUGCCUGUGCCUGUGCGCCUCUUAACCUGCAAGUGCAAAGUUACUAAAUACUUGCUCAAAAGGGCCCUCUUACGUAGCUCAAAGAUCUAGCGUGUUAUAACUCUCGUUUUAAAAUAACACAUAUUUCAAUAUUUUUAGAAUCCAUUAUGUGCUACAUUCACACUCUGUGAAUUGAAUCAUGUCCAAUUUACAUAGGAAUAGCUUCUAGAUACAGACGAUUCCGCCAUUAUAUCCAAUUCAAAAUUAUCAAAUCAACUAAGUAUUGAUUUACACAGUACAAACUAAUUAAAGCAAUAUCGCAACUAGUUUUCUGUAUACGAAAUUCGAAGCACAAAACAAUCUGCAACUCGGUCAACAAGUUGCUGAAAUCGGUGACUUGUGGUGACAAGUUGUAGAAAUGUUUCCUACAAAAAACGAAUUUCGUACUUACAGUGUUUUACACAACGAAUAUUUUUGCAUAAAUUAAUGUAUUUUAUUGGAACAGUGUUUACAAGCAUAGUAUGGUAAGUUUGAUGUGCAAUAAAGUACAUAAUUGUACUUAAUGUGUACCAAUUUGUUAUGUCCGAAAGUCUUCCUAAUUAGUUUAAGUCGUUUUAAUUUAUAUUUUUAAUUAUUUUUACGGUAUAAGACAUCUGUGCGUUAUAUUGUACAUAAAGUGUUGUAUUUCGUAGGCAACAGUUGAUAAGCAAGAUGUGACGCGCAACAUGACCCGCAACAAACGCCUCAUGAUGUGCUUUAUAUUUAGCCGAUUUGUUGCCCAGUGAAUACAAGAUUAAAUUUACCCAAUAAGUUAUUGUUUCAAAAUGUCUUCACAUUUGAAAUCGGCCAAUUUUCUUAGAAAAAUAUUAUAAAUACAUUGACCUAAAUCAGAAAAAUAUUUUUAAAAACCAAGUUUUCAAUAUUACUAUUGGCUAUCACACAAAUCAUUAUGAACCAUGUUGAAUUUUUAAUGUGAUAAAUGAGUUUUGUAAUUAAUAUUUAUUAUUUAAUUAAGUGAUUAUUGUAAAUAAAAUGUUUUCAGUAA